AUGCGCGCGGCGUUCUUCCUCUCCAUCCUCUUCGCGGCCCCGGUCCUCUCGGUCCCCGCCCCCGCGCCGAACCCCGCGCCCAUUCCUGCGCCCGUCCCCGUCGACGAUGCCUCUCCUGCCCCCGCCGUUCCCUCCACACCUAUCCCUGUCCAAGAUUUCAAGGGCAAGAUCAAGUGGAAAGGCUCCAAAGGCAACACAGGCAGCGGGAGCGACGGAAACAGCACGAGCGCCGCGCUGCCCGUGUCCCCAGGACUCGGCGCCGCCGCCGCCGCCGCGGUCGUCUAUAAGACCCACACCAAUCCGCCACUCAUCGCCGCAAUCACCACCAUGCGCCCCACCUUCCUACUCUUCAUCGCGCUCGCCAGCGCACUCCCCCACGACCCCACGCCCUCGGCGCCCGCCCUCGUCGCGCUCACACCUGACUCUAACGACACCUCCAGCACUCCGGACACCGGCGCCGAGCCCGACUCCCAGUCCUUCCGGGGCGGCGGCGGGGGUGGCAGCGGCGGCAGCGGCGGCGGCGGCGGAGGCGGCGGCGGCGGAGGCGGCGGCGGCGGCGGGAAAGGCGGAGGAUCUAGCGGAUCUGGUGGCUCUCGUGGCUCCAGUGGCUCCCGCGGAGGCAGAGCCGCAGUCCCAUGUAUCAAGCCCAGUGUAUCAAGUCCAUUGUAUUGCAGCUACCUACUCGUUAAGUCGCAUGCGCCGGGGGAAGGAUGA